AUGUCGGUCUCCAGAUAUAGUUGUUCGGUCGAGUGUUCGCGUUGUACGAAGAACUUUAAAAGUUCGAAAUCAAUGUGGCGCCACAUGAUGAAAUCGCACCAACUUUCAAUAGCCCCUCUUGAAUUUUUGGACGAAAAUAAUCAACCAGUUACGCUUGCUAAACCUGCAUUGAUAGAAUCUGCUUCCCAGCUGAAUUCAUACAACAUGUGGUUAUCAACAAUUGUGGAACGAGUCAAUGAAGCCCUACAUCCUGCCCUACCAGGUAUAAAUAGCAAGUGACUAUAUAUAAAGAUUCUAGUUCAUCCAAUUUAUCUAUAAUUAUAUUACUAUAUUAUAUCACGUAAUUUAAGAAGCAUACAUUUUAAAUGCGUAUCCGUUUUAUUAAAUAUAAAAGAGUUUAAACUUAUCGCCGAAUAUAAAACCGAGGUUUUACUGCUUCAUGCAGUAGCCUAUAAUCUACAUAGAUUCGUAGACCCGGCAUUAUAUGCCUCAAUAUCGUAAAAUUUUAAGUAGUGAUUUACUUUCGUAACGCAUUUCACAGGUCGAUGGACACAAGUUGAAGAUCCUUGUGUCCCGGACUCUUUUGUUCUUCAUUUUAUUGCACGAAUUGCUGAAGAAACAGCUGAUGUGGUUUCUCCCCAUUGUGUAAAAUUUCUAACACACAGAGGUUUACCAUAUCGAUUGAAAACUGAAAAGAUUUCGUACAAAGUAUACGAUUUAACCGCAGUAAAGAAUGCAUUGGACGAGCAAAGAGAUUUAGAGCUGCGUGAAACAGCUGCCUUCCGCCACUUUGCUGAAGUAGAUGACAAAGGUAAAGAUUCGUGUUUCCAAAAGCUGUCAAUGAAAGAAAAAAUUGCCAGAAUGAAGGCAUCUUCCAAAAUAGGAUAUGUUGAACAUGUCCAGGUACCCACCUCACGCAGUUCUCUUGUUAUUUGUGAAGGAGAAGGACGUUGUACAAGAGAAAUGGAAAUAAUUUACUGGCCAAAGUUAUACACCUUUUCAAAGCAGUACAAGUUUCAGCUACGAUUUUUUAUUCAAAAAUGUGACAUGCAAUGA